ACAAAGAUGGCUUUUAUCUCGGAGGCAAAGCAGUCAAUGAGAAAAAAUAUGUUAGAAAUGCCUUUCAAGAGGGAGAUGCCUUCUUCAAUUAUGGAGACUUGAUGUACGUCGACAAGGAUUACUUCUUGUAUUUCAAAGAUCGAGUUGGAGAUACUUUUAGGUGGAAAGGUGAAAAUGUGUCCACGAAUGAAGUAGCCAAUAUUCUGACGGGACUACCUUUUAUACAAGACGCUAACGUAUAUGGGGUAGAAAUACCAGGUAAUGAUGGUCGAGCUGGAAUGGCGGGAAUUUUACUGAAGGAAAAUGUGGAGUUCCACACAGACCUGUUACCUAAGAUCUACCACCACUGUGAGGAGAACCUGCCACACUACGCCCAGCCGGUGUUCCUCCGCUUCAUCAAGGAGAUGCCGCUGACAACCACUCACAAACAGAGGAAGGUGGAAUACGUCAAGGAAGCCUACAACCCCGCUGUCGUGACUGAUCCACUGUUCCGCAUCUCACCAGAAACCAAAACCUAUGUUCCACUCAACACUGAAAAUAUUGCCCAGUUUUUGGCAAAAGCACGGUUGUGAUUGCAAUAAUUAUUUUUUGUUCAAUUUAUGGUGGCUAUUUUCAAAUUUAAUGACUUCUAUGCAUAAGUUUUGAUGCAAGAAAAACAAGUUGUUUUUUUUUUAAUCAGUGGGUGCUAUAAUUUUUUUUUUUUACAUGUAUAGUGUGCUAAUUUUUUAAUACAAAGAGUUUCAUAACAAUCAUUAUUUUUUAAAA